AGAUUCCUGGUACUUGUGCCGCUGUAGAAAGAGUAUUUUCUAUCACAAAUAGCCUGUGGAUUGAUGAAAAUAAUUGUUUUCUUGUUGAAUCCAUCAAAGUAUUGAUAGUUACAAAAACAUUUUGAGAAACGUUCGUGCAACGACUUCUAUUCUUUGAUUUCAAACAAUCCCAGAUUACUGCAAGAAAUUCGUUUAUCUACGAAGUACAAUACAUUUGCCCAAGAGGAAGGAGCAAAUCCUUCAACAUUAAUUGGAAAUUAACUUCAAAUAAAAUUUUGUGUUGAUGAAAAAAUUAAUUAAAAUAUAAAUGUAGUUAUAAUAGCAACGGUGAUAUUUGCUUUCCAAUGUAUAAGUAAUAUAUUACUUUUCUUUUAAUCAACGGGUCCAUGCAUUAAAUUACAAAAAAUAAUUGAAGGGAACUUCUUCAAACGUAGGGAAAUUAAGGUAACAAACUUUGACCCUGUUCUGCUCAUAGAUGGUUCUGCUAACGAACGUCUGCUAAUGUAAAUCAUGGCAGCAGAAGUUACAGAGCUUCACGAUACAUUAGAUCUUUCUGGGCAAGGACUGAAGAAACUAUCCAAAGCACAACCGCAUGAUGCACAAGUAGUGACAACUCUGAUUGUAGACAACAACGAACUUCAGAGAUGGGAUAAUAUUGACUCAUAUCCUAUUCUGAAAAAGCUGUCAGUAACACAUAAUCAAUUGCUGCGGAUGUAUGGUGUUUCUCGUCUUCAUGGACUCACAACAUUGAACUUGGCAAAUAACAGCAUUUUGACCAUUGAAGGAUUGAAAGACCUUGUGCAUUUGAAAUGGCUGUGCCUUGCAGCUAACAAAAUUAAGACAAUUGAACAUCUUAAUACGAACAUUAAUUUGGAGCAUCUAGACCUCUCUGAAAAUAGCAUUGUUCAUGUAUCUGAUGUCUCACAUUUAAAAGCCCUGAAGCAAUUGCUAUUACAUGGUAAUCGCAUCUCACAGCUGCGCCAGUGUGAGCGACACCUGCCAUCAAGUAUUGUCAUGCUCACAGUUGCUAGCAACAGUAUCACUGAUCUUAAUGAAAUGUCACAUCUAGUGCACCUAACCAACCUCCGAGAAUUCACCAUUAGAAACAAUCCCUGCGUUAAUAUGACUGGCAAUUGUAUCGGCUUUGACUAUCGUCCAUUUGUCAUUAACUGGUGCAUGAGCCUCAAGGUGAUAGAUGGCUUUGUGGUGGAUGCUAUUGAAAGCUUGAAGGCAGAGUGGCUCUAUUCCCAGGGAAGAGGCCGUCAGUUUCGAGUAGGUGAACAUCAGGCACUGUCUCAAUACUUGGCCUCAGUCUGUCCACUAUCUGGAGACAGCUUAGAAUCAGAAGAUGAUCGCAAGCUGAGACUUAUCCUUAGCAAAGCUCAGCAACAUCAGCAGCAGCUAAGAGAGCAGCUAACUACUGAUGGAGGGGUUGCCAGAGGAAGAGGACAGGUUCUGAACAGAAGCCAGUCUUCUCCUGCCACGAGGCGGCGCAUCAGUAACAACAGGACUUCUUCAGUUCAGCAAUCCAAUGUCUCGAAGGAAUCCAGGCUCCCCGUAACAAAUCGAUGCAGGAUGCAGUCUCCUGAUAGAAUGGUUAACAGUUGCACUGCAAUAACAUCAAAUUGCAUGGUCAGUAGUAUUGUUGGAAGUGAUGAUAUUUCUUCAGCAUCUCUUAUGACGCAAAGCCUUGAUCCAGAACUGUUGUACACGUCAGCAUCCGUUAAUCAGGAUACAAAGAACAGUGAUCAGUCAGAGAGUCUGUCUGCUCAGCUUGUGCUUGAAGAUUAUACCACAGAAAAUGGAGCAUCAGAAAUCAAUUGCCCACUUCAGACAGCCACAAAGAUGGUUCCUAUACCUGAGUCCUUAAUGAGUCCAGACUAUCGGCCAGCAGUUGGUACUGGCAUGACUGGUUGUGGCAUUCGACCCAAGCCAGCCGUAGUGAACAAUACCCAGAAUAUUCGACCUGUUCCACGAGGAUCCCCCAAGUUGUCACGGAGCCGCCAUUCAAGUCCACUGCUUUCACGCCAACGAGGGGGGCAGAUGAAACAGUUUACAGUAGCGCUGGCUAGGAGACAAACCUCGCCCCGGAGAGUAGGUCAGCGAGAUAUGGCACCAGUUAAUAGCAGUGAAGAUGAAGAUAGUGAAAUGUCAGCCUCUAAACUUGAAACCAUAAGGCAUCGAGCACAAGAGCGUUGGCAGAGAAAAGAAGCCACCUCAAAUAAUGCUUUAAGCAGCAGCUAUGCAGAGCAUGCAGCAGUAUGCAUUCAGCGCAUGUGGCGUGGUUAUCAUACCCGUAACCUCAACAAGAGGGUUAUUGCAGCCUACCAUGACAUACAUGCAUCACGCACACAGGAAUACAUACAAAAAUUGUCCUCAGAUAUGGAGGCUACCAGAGCAGCUCUGGACAGUGAGAGGAAGCUUCAGCUGUUGCAGAUGCAAGCAAUCAAUGCCCUGUGGAAGAAGGUAGUAAGUUUGCAGCCAUCCCUUCCACAGCCAGGCACCAGUAGCUCUAGUAUGGAUGCCAGUAUCAGUGUGCAGCAACCUGAUGCCGAAACUGUCCGAGAGCUAACACAAACUUGCACACGCCUUCAUUCACAGGUGGAGCAACUGCAGGACUCGAUGCAGAGCGUGAUGCAGUGUAUGUCACUGUUUUGCCAGAAAGGUCAAGUUAUUAUUCCUCAGCUCUCAAAUGAAACUGAAAUAGAUGGUGUUGCAACUGGUAGCACACAAACAGAUAUAAUAGCAGUUCACACACCACAAAUGGAAUCUGGACCGGGCAUCCCAUUUCCUUACCAAAGGGCAUCUCCAUCGACCCGCCCAUCAUCCCUACCUAUUUUGCAGUCUCAUCCAUCCACGGCUCCCCAUAACCUUUGUUCUGCACUGGAAUCUGAUGCUUCACAAGAACUGAAACAGUUUGCUAUGAGCCUGGUUGAUGGAGUAUUAAGGACAGUUGCGGAACAGGGAGGGGAAACAGAGACUAAAACUGACAAAAGGAAUGGUACUCCAUUAGGCGAAGGUGAAGUGAAAUUUUCAGUGAAGGAAAAUGAAGAUAAUGCUUGUGGUAGUAGAGAAAUGACAGAAAAUGGUUGCAUCCAAAAUAUUGAAAAUGACCGGGAUGGUUGUGAUGUUAAUGAAGGUGUGGGAACUGGAAAUUCUGCAUCUGAAGAAAACAUCAGAGAAAGUUGUGUAGAUGCAGAAGAUGACCACAAAGGUGGUGUGUCUCAGGAUGUGAACAGCUCCUGCAUGAUAAUAUCCACGGAACCACCAUCCACUCCAGGCAGUCCAUUUGAACAACUUGACUCGCCAAACAACAACCAGCAUCCCAUCAAGGGGAAUGUCAUUGAAUAGGAAAUGAAAUUAACCUUCAUUUUUGUUAUAGCUUAUUGAUGCCACUUGAUAAGUACGGCAAGAAUUUGUUGGCAUGUUUCACUUACGCAUUGCAAUUUGCUGAAAUUAUAUACGAGUUCCAACCAGAAUGGAAAUAAAUUGUUGGCUUAGCUCUUCGGGACUCAGAACCCACUGUUUUGCACAUAUAGAUACAUAGUCAUAUAAAGAUACUGUAUAUAUAUUUUCUUUAUUUAUUGUCACAUCAUUGUAUGUAUUUGCUUAGUUCUUGUCGCAUCACUGUACCUAGAUGUUUCCUUAUUUCUCAUCGCAUCAUGCUACCCAACUUCAUUAUGAAGGAUCUUUCUUGAGCAAUUAACAGUUACAAAACUGGUAACAGCGUUUUCCUAAAUGUUCACUGCUGAAUUCACAAAGAUUGUCAUUGAACCCUGUCUUUAACCAAUUAAAUCUAGCCCAUACAUUUACA